AUGAUGUACGUGUACACGCUCCACUCCAUAGGCCUGACACACACGAAAGCAUAUGAAACAGCCUCACCCGCUGCACUUGCCGACAUCUGUCGCAUCUAUGGUCUAGUGUUCCCCUGUCUUGCCCUUGCUCCACUGUCUGAUGUCCCUGCUUCGCUCCGCGCCACUGCAGCCAGGUCGUCCUACACAGGUGUGGUGGAAAAACAGCAAUUCUGCUGUAACAAGUUCCGCAAACCAGUAGAGAGGGUUGGGAUCCCGGAUGUUCCCUCGUCGAGCAAAAACACUACAUGUCCAAGCUCACCUGAACAAGAUGUUGAAGAUGAUGUCGAGGAACACACUUUCAAGAAGAAGAGGAAACGGGAAACUGUGAAGCAAACAAAAUGCCAUGCUAAGAUGGUGGUGAAGCUUAAAGAUGACAGAUGGGAGGUUAUCACUUUUAUUGCAGAUCAUAACCAUCCACUGAUUGAGAAGCCAUCGCUUUCGAUAUACCUCUGUUCUCACCAAGGAAUCCCUCCGGAACAGAAAAAACUACUGACUCACCUAAAUGACUGCAACUUGACAGCAGGAAAAAUGAUGAUGUUAAUGUCAUCAUACUACGGCUCGGAGUUGAUUGUUCCGUACGCAGCUAAAGCCAUCCAUAACCACUGUUCACAGCUCAACGCCCCAACUAAAGACAUUGACAUUGAAGAAGCACUAAACUACUUUUGCAAGGUGAUGGAAAAUGACCCAGGAUUUUUCUUUAAAUGCAAGACAGAUGCGGAAGGCAGGACAGAAAACUUGUUUUGGGUGGAUGGUGCGGCACGGAAAGCAUACGCGGAGGCUUAUCAUGAUUGCGUGUCAUUUGAUGCAACUUACCUCACGAACAUGUACAACAUGCCGUUUGCCCCCUUCAUUGGAAUCAACAGACAUGGGCAGUCAAUAAUGCUCGGGUGUGGAUUUGUCCGGCAGGAACUAGCCUCAAGUUAUGACUGGUUAUUUGAUGCUUUCCUAGAAGCAAUGGAUGGUUUGGCUCCGGACAACAUCAUCACGGACCAAGAUGUUGCUAUGUCACAAUCUAUCAAGAGGAAGUUCCCGGCAACGAUUCACCGUUGCUGCCGUUGGCAUAUAAUGAAGAAAGCACAAGAGAAGCUUGGCCCCGUGUUGGCUAGGAACCCGGAUUUGGUAAAAGACUUCAAUGAAUGCAUUGACUUCAGUUUCAGCCCGGUUGAGUUUGAAAGGAAAUGGGCUGCACUUCAAUUGAAAUAUGAAGGUCUUAUGCAUGGUCACUUUGAGAAACUCUAUGAAGAUCGGGCUACAUGGUCAACGCAACGCAGCGAAGGGUUCAAUGCUGUGUUGAAGCGCUAUGUGAACCCACACAAGUCAAUUCUCAACUUCGUCAAGCAAUAUGAGAAAAUUCAGGUACACAUACUCGUGAGGGAGGGUGGGAACGACUACCGGACAGAACAUCUAGAGGCACAAAGAUGGUCGCGUUUCCCCAUUGAGAGGCAUGCCUACAAAGCAUACACUAGGGACAUCUAUGUGAAGUUUAGAAUUGAGUUUCAGAUGAUUGGCCAGUACGAUGUGCGUCCCGCUGGAAUCAACUUCUAUUACCUUGAGCCCAAUACAGAAGAAGUCCUAGGGUAUGGCUCGAGGAAGUACCUAGUCAUAGUGAGACCAGAGCCAGCUAUCUACGAUUGCGAAUGGUGCAAGUGGCAUAGGGACGGCAUGCUUUGUUGCCAUGUCUUGAAAAUCUUCACACACCUUGGCGUUAAUGAGAUACCUGAACACUACAUCAAACGCCGCUGGACGCAACAUGCAGUACCAAGUGCACCACCGCCACCUAACGAGGGCCCUCCGCGUGACUUGCCCGCUGAGUCAGAGAACCAUGUUCGGCAAGUGACUCUGACAAUGGAUUUUGCAAAGCUAGCCAAGAAGGCAAUGACUAGUGAUGAGGCAGCCGCUGCAGUUAGGAGGCACAUGAAAGUAGCAGAUACUGAGGUUACUAAGCUGAAUAAACUGAGGAAGAAGAGGCUAAAGGCAGCCCGGGAAGCGGCUCGUGCUAGGGAAGCAUCAAACCCUAAUGCCCCAAGUACUUCAAACCAACCUCCUGCCCCCCUGCUCCUAUGGAUCCACCUCGUUCAGUCACGAAAGGGCGCAGCCGCAACAAGCGCUUCAAAUCAGCCCUGGAACUACACCCUAAGAAAAAGAACAAGUGCAGCAUUUGUGAAUCAAUCGAUCACACUGCUGCGACGUGCCUAG